AUGAGUAAAGAAUACGAAAAACAUAAUAUACAACCUAACUUCAAACCAAUUGAUCAUUUGUUUCAGGAAAGAUUGAGACAAUUUAUUGAUGGAGGUAAAUAUCGAGACUUGAAUUUGCCAAAAUUCUAUGACUUCGAUAGGGUAGAUACCAACACAGAGUAUAUUAAUAUAAAAAGCUAUAAGGUACCAGAUGAUAAGAAUGGAAAGACUCAAAGACCUUUGUUUAAAGAUAUAAAUUGGGAUGAGGUCAAAUGGCAAGAUAGCAAUAAGGGAGAUAGUUUUGGUCCCUCGUGGAAGACAUUUUGGUUCAAGGUGGAAUUAUCAAUUCCAUCAGAAUGGUUGAGUAAGAAACCAGAGGCAAUUGAAUUUCAAUGGGAUAGUAAUAACGAGGCAAUGAUAUGCAAUGACAAGGGGUUGCCUUUACAAGCGUUUACAGGUGGUAAUGAAAGAACUCUAUUUAGAAUCCCAAAACGGUACUGGAAGGAAGGUGUCCAUAGGUUCUACGUCGAAAUGUCAUGCAAUGGGAUGUUUGGAAAUGGUAGUGAUGGCUCACCCAACCCUAACAGAUACUUCCAAUUAAGUAAGUGUGAUUUGGUAUUGCCCAACUUAGAAGCAAGAAGGUUAAUGUGGGAUUUCUGGAUAAUUGGUGACGCUGCAAGAGAAUUUCCAGGUAAUUCAUGGCAGAAGUGGCAAGCAAACCAGUUAUGUAAUGACAUUAUGAAUACCUUUGAUCCCGAUAAUGUUGAAUCAAUCUGGGAAUGUCGUAAAUUGGCAAAACGCUAUCUUGGUGAUAAAAUUGAUUCAGAUGAAGUAUUUGCUACUGAUUCUAGAAUUGAUGUUUUUGGAGUUGGUAAUUGUCAUAUAGACACAGCUUGGGAGUGGCCAUUUGCAGAAACCAAAAGGAAGAUUGUUAGAUCUUGGACCACACAAUUGAGACUUGCUGAGGAGUACCCCGAAUAUAUUUUUGUUGCCUCUCAAAUGCAACAGUUCAAAUGGCUAAAAGAAUAUCAUCCUGAAAUUUUAAAACAGAUUAAAGAUAAGUUCACAACUAACCAAUUUUUACCUAUUGGUGGUUCAUGGGUGGAAAAUGAUACAAAUCUUCCAAAUGGAGAAUCGUUGAUUCGUCAAUUUCUAUUAGGACAAAGAUUCCAAUACAAUGAAUUCGGAAUCUAUUCUAAUAUAUUUUGGUUGCCAGACACUUUUGGAUACUCGUCUCAAGUCCCACAGAUUUGUCAACAGGUUGGAAUUAAUAAUUUCUUGACUCAAAAGUUAUCUUGGAAUAACAUUAACCAGUUUCCAUUAAGCACAUUCAAUUGGAUAGGUAUUGAUAGGUCACAGGUGUUAGUUCAUAUGCCACCAGCAAAUACUUAUACUGCUAGCGCAAACUUUGGGGAUAUCAAAAGGUCUUUGGAACAACACAAGAAUUUAAGAGAUGUUCCAACUGGAUUAUUAUUAUUUGGACAUGGUGAUGGUGGUGGUGGACCAACGGAUGAAAUGUUUGAAAAAAUAAGAAGAUGCAGAGGAAUGUCCGAUACAAGUGGAUUAUUGCCAACUGUUCAUUUAGGUAAUACAAUUGAAGACUUUUAUGACGAUAUCUUAGAAAGAUCAAAUGGUGGUAAAGACUUACCCUCAUGGACAGGCGAAAUUUACUUGGAAUUCCAUAGAGGAACGUAUACCACCCAAGCUUAUGUUAAAAAGUUAAUGAGAAUUAAUGAAAUUAAAUUACACGACUUAGAAUGGCUAGCAACGCUAGUUUCAAUUACGAACAAUAACUAUAAAUAUCCAAAAUCAGAAAUAACCGCUUUAUGGGAAGAUCUCUGUUUAUGUCAGUUCCAUGAUGUUUUACCUGGUAGUUGUAUUGGUAUGGUAUACUACGAAGAAGUUUGGCCAAUGUUAGAAAAGGUUUUAAAGAAUGCCAAUAAUUUAAUUAAUGAUGCUUUAAGUAUUAUUAAGGAUGAUGGUAAAUUUACAUUAUCCUCAUUGAACUACCUUAAUACGUUGCCAUGGUCUAGAAGUGAAAUAUUGAGAAUUAAUCAAAAAGAACACUCUGAUUUAUUUGAUGCAAUUAGCGAGGAUUUCGCAGUCAAAGAGGGGAGCGACCUAAUCAUAUCUGUUGCCAAUAAUCUGGGUGUAACUAAGAUUAACUACAAAUCAGAGAUCAGGUACCCUGCAUCAGUUGUUGAAGAAGAAGGAGUGUUUAUAUUAUCUAACAAAAAGAUUAAGGCAACGAUUUCUAAAAACGGAAUUUUAACAUCUGUAAUUGAUUUAGAACAUGGUCGUGAAAUCAUUGAUGCUACUGCAACAAAACAAACGGAUAGUGGCGAAAGUAUUGGAGGUAACCAGUUUGUCUUAUAUGAUGAUGAGCCAUUGAAUUUCCCUGCUUGGGAUACUGAGUUAUAUUCGUUAACUAAAUAUAAGCUUUUGACGGAGAAUGAAGUAAGUAUAUUAACUAACAAUGAAUUAGAGUCGUCAGUGUUAAUUAAAACACACAUUUCUGAUAAAUCUUCUAUUGAGACUGUUGUUUCAAUUGAGGGAUUGACUGAUUUUAAAGCGGUGCAAAACAGCUUUAUCAAGUUUAAGUCCAAGGUUGACUGGCACGAGACAUACAAAUUCUUGAAGGUACAAUUUCCAACAACUGUUUAUACAUCUCAACAAGCCAAUUACGAGACACAAUUCGGAUUAACCUCAAGACCUACUCAUUAUAACACUAGUUGGGAUGUCGCAAAGUUCGAAGUAUGCCACCACAAGUUUAUGGAUUUGUCAGAAUUCAACUAUGGUGUAUCUAUUUUGAAUAACAGUAAGUACGGUGGAUCAAUUCGUGGAAAUUUGAUGACAUUAUCGUUGUUGAGAUCAGCUAAGGCUCCUGAUGAUAAGGCAGAUAUGGGUAAACAUGAAUUUGAGUAUGCUUUAUAUCCACAUAAUGGUCCUUUGGGCUCAGAUACCGUUAAAUUGGGUUACAAUUUCAACCACAAAUUAUGCCAUGGGGUCAAUUCUACAAGAUUGCCAGAAUUACUAAGCUCGAUUAAAUUGACUGACGGAGGAAGUCUUGUCUUGUCCCAUUUAAAGAGAUCAGAAGACGACGAAGAUGUCUCGUUGCACGAGAACAUCCCGAUUAGAAACAAGGGCCAAAAAUCACUUAUUAUUAGAAUAUAUGAGUCGUUAGGUGGCUCAAGCUCGGGUAAAUUAGAGUUCGACCUUGACGUACUCCCAGUCGACAAAAUAUUCAAGACAAAUGCCCUUGAACAGGAAAGCGAAGACAUUCCGCUUCACGAGGGCAGUGUAUCGAUUAGAUUGAGAGGCUUCGAAAUCGCAACCUACAAAGUUGUUUUGAAGGCUUAA